AAAAAGAAGGCCUCCAGAGCAUGUUUACAUUGUCAGCGAGCCCAUUUGACCUGUGAUGACUCUAGACCUUGCCAACGUUGUAUAAAGCGAGAUUUAGCAAGCACAUGUACAGACGCAGCAAGAAAACGAGCUAAAUAUCUCUCUGAUAUUUAUUCUCCUCAAGAAACAUUAAAUGAAGCCAUCCUCACUUCGAUUGGUAAACUCCCCCCUCUCUCUUUAUUAUCACCUGCCUAUUUAAAUAUAUAUAUUUAUAUAUUUAACUUUAAUUACAGGACCGACAACAACAACAACAACAGCAGUAGCAACAACAACAACAACAGCAGCAGCAGCAGCAGCAACGAUACAGUCACCUCCAUGCCUACCACUUCUGCUACAAGUUCAACUACUAAUGCACCGAUCCAUUUGUCCAUGAUGCAACUACCAUUACAACAACAGCAGAAGCAACAGCAACAGCAACAGCAGCAGAUAUUUCCAUUUUAUGCAUCCCCCUUUCUCGAUCAAGCUUCGCCCGUGACCAGUGCUUCCUCACCAGGACCGAUUCAAAGUCCUCUAUCUUUGACGGGACGAAGAAAGGGGUAUGGUAAUACACCGGAGGAAGCGUAUACGGGAGUGAAGAAACCGUUUAAUUAUGCAGAAGGGUUUCACUACCUGAUCCAAUACGUGCGCGACAAGAUGAGCAGGGAGGAUUUGAUGCGAAUUAGUAGAGCGCUGGCGCUAUUUCGACCGUCAUUUUUAGCGUUAAUUAUGAAUUUAACGGAAGAAGAUCUUGUGUUUAUGGAAAAAUGUCUUCAACGCACCUUGUUAGAGUAUGAGAAAUUGAUUAGUUUUUCAGGAACACCGACGGUUGUGUGGCGACGAACGGGUGAAAUUUGUCUUGUCGGAAAGGAGUUUUCGUUACUGACGCAAUGGACCAAGGACAUGCUACUGGGCAAGAAGAUAUACAUCUACGAGCUAAUGGAUAGUCAGUCGGCGGUCGAAUACUGGGAAAAGUUUUCUACGCAUGCGUUUGAUAACACGGAUAAAUCAUGCGUGUAUUCAUGCAUUAUCAAGACACCACAGCAAAAGCCUGUGCCUUGUACAUUCUGCUUUACUAUCAAGCGAGAUAUCUUUGAUUUACCCAGCGUCAUUAUCGGCAAC